AUGUCAACCACAUCCGACAUAUACGCCGCUGUCAAAUCGCACUACUCGGCCGCCUCCAGCAACCGCAGCACAAACGGCACCUACGAAUCCAAAGUCGCUCAAGCCUUCGGCUAUAGCGAAGCCGAACUCAGCAGCAUUCCCAAGGAAUCCAACCUAGGUCUCAGUUGUGGCAAUCCUAUCGCUCUCGCAAAAUUGCACGAAGGUGAGACAGUCGUCGAUCUAGGUUGUGGCGCCGGCUUCGAUGUCUUCCUCGCUAGUCCCAAAGUUGGUGAGACGGGGACAGUCAUUGGCGUCGAUAUGAAUGAGGAUAUGCUUGAGAAGGCACGGCGGAAUGCGCAGAACGUGAAUGGUGGGAAGGGCGCGAAGAACGUCAAGUUUGUGCAGGCGCCGAUCACGGAUAUGAAUGGUGGAGUUGAGAGCGGGAGUGUGGAUUGUAUCAUCAGUAACUGUGUGGUGAACCUGGUGCCGGAGGAGGAGAAGCCGCUCGUGUUCAAGGAGAUGCAUAGGACGUUGAAGAGUGGUGGGAGAGUGGCGAUUAGUGACAUUUUGAUCAAAGAUGGGGUGGAGCUGCCGGAGAAUUUGAAGAAGGAUAUGGGGCUGUACGUUGGGUGUGUUGCUGGAGCGAGUUUGGUAAGUGGGUAUCAGAAGUAUUUGAAGGAGGCGGGGUUUCAGGACGUGCUCAUUGUUGAUAAGGGGUAUGAUUUGAAUGUUUACAAUGCGGAUGACGAGAAUGUCAAUGGGGAGGGAAAGAGUUGUUGUGGGACGACGGCACCAGCUCCUGUUGCAAAGUCGUGUUGUGGCACUACUACUGCGCCGAGUCCUAUUGCUGCGAAGUCGUGCUGCGGAACGACUGCUCAGACGAAUGGCAAUGGAUUGCAACAGGUCAAGGUUGAUCUUAAAACGCUAGACUUCAAUGCCUAUGCUGGGUCAUACAAUAUCUACGCGGUUAAGGCAUAA